GCAAUCGGUAUCCGACUUUUUUUUUUUAAUUUGAGUCCAUCAUUUACCAAUUUCCUUUCCAAAAAGUAGUAUUCUUGCCUUGCCCUUCAAGUAAUAGAUAUACAUAAAUACAUGUCAAUUGUCAACUAAACUACCUACUUUCAUCCAACAUAACCAACCACACACAUAUGGCUACUACCAACAUUCUAACCAUGAUGACAAACAAUAACUUUGAGCUUGAUUGCAAGAAAAUUCAUGAUUCUUUAAGUGGUUUAAGUUUAAGCCAACUAAUUCCAUCACUUUCUUCUUUAACCAUCCUUGAAAGAAAACAACUAAGAGAAACUUAUAAGGAAGUGUAUGGUGAGGACUUGAUAAACCAACUUCAAAAAUAUGAUGAAGAUGAUUUCUUUUCUUCUAUGAAAUUCUCUACUUUGUCUCUAUGGAUGCUUUGUCCACAUGAUAGAGAUGCUUUUAUAGCUAGAGAAGCUCUUCAACAAGAUGAAACCAAUUUCAAGGCUCUUGUGGAAGUUUUUGUAGGUAGAAAAUCAAGUCAUGUUGGUCUCAUCACACAAGCAUAUCUUAAAAUGUUUAGAAGACAAUUGGAUCAAGAUAUUAUGAACUUGGAUCCUCCACAUCCAUUUCAAAAGAUUCUUAUGGCAUUGUCAGCAUCACAUAAAGCUCACCAAGUAGAUAUAAGUCAUCAUAUAUCAAAGUGUGAUGCAAGGAGGUUAUAUGAAAGUGGAGAGAGAAGCUUAGGAGCUAUAGAUGAAGCUGUUGUACUAGAAAUUUUAAGCAAGAGGAGUAUUCAACAAUUGAAGUUAACAUUUUUGAGUUACAAACACAUUUAUGGACAUGACUAUACAAAGUCUAUCAAGAGAGGAAACUAUGGACAAUUUGGUAAAGCUCUAAUGGUGGUUGUGAAGUGUAUUUGCAAUCAAGCACAUUAUUAUGCAAAGGGAUUAUAUACAAGCAUCAAAAAGGGGAGAAGGGACAUUGGAACUUUGGCAAGAGUACUAGUAAGCAGGGCAGAUAUAGACAUGGAUGAGAUUAGAAGUGUUUUCAAGGAAAAGUAUGAGAAAGAACUUGGUGAUGUUAUAUGUGAAAGCAUUCCAUGUGGGGACUAUAGAGACUUUUUAGUUGCAUUGGCUGCAAAAUCUUCAUACAUCUUUACCAAUUAGCAACAAAACUACUACUUGUUGAGAAUAAUGUAACUCAUGAGUUUUCUUUAGUAAGUAGACAAAAUCAUCAGAGUUAUUUGAAAUUCGCACAAAUGUGAAUUUCAAUAUCUGAACUUGAUGAUAUUUAAUCUAAUAAUAUUUGUAUUUGUCAGUUGAA